UCGCAGUUGAACGGACAACGUCGGACAAAUGUUGAAUGGAAAGUUCUACACGGGUCUGCCGCCCAAGAUGGAGGGGAGGCAGUGCGGCCAUGGACAGAAUCGUCAGGAGUCGCACUUCUUCUGGCCAGACGAUACGCGUGUGGAUAGCGCCGUGGAGACACGUGUCAAGCGACGCAAUAGUCUGCAGCUGGAGUCUGGCGCCGAACGCCCACGUCUAACAGCCAGCCAAAAACUGAACUCACUGCAAGCUGAGCAAACUCCAGACGUGAACACGCGCCAAAUGUUUCACAAGGAGUUUGCCAAGUCAUCCAUACAGUUCUACGACAAUCUGCAGCCGAGCCACAGCAACAGCAAAUCGCGUUUGCUGAACAGAACACGUCGCGAAGUUACGCCCAAGCUCACAGAUGUAGAUCCACUGCCAGCAGUUGAGACCGUAGCUGAGAUAGACCCAAGCGCAGCGAGACGCAAACAAGCCUACAGCUCCAAGAUACAGUUCUACGAUUACGUCAACACUAAUGAUGUGGAUACCACGCAGAACAAUGUCCGUCGUCCCAAAAUGGACAUGAACAACAAGCGCGAAGUGGAGCUCAACUCAAAGAACAGCCCCAAGCUGCAGGUGAAGCACAACGUACGUCAUCUGAGCGUGGAACGUGAACCGCCCCAGUUGCGCAUGGUCACGAAGAAGCCCCUCAACGAUGGCCAACACUGGCAGCAGCAGGAGACAUAUGAGUCGAUUCAAAGGCCACCUAUGAUGGCGCCCAAGAAAAUACUCAAACAACAGCCCUGGAUUGAGGACCCUGACGAGUCCCUGCUUAACUACAUGGGCAAUGGCAUGCAGCAGCUGCGCAUGCGCAGCUCAGCGCCAGCCAAGAAACAUGUCACCUAUAAUGAGGAGGCAGCGGAAUAUGCCUACUAUGAUGAUAGCUUGGAUCCAACUGAGGGUCGACAGCUGAGGCAGUCGUUGCCAAAUAUGCGGACAGGAAGCGGCCAACAGCAACAGCAACAACAGCAGCAGCAGCACCCAGGUCCAUAUGUGGAAACUGGUCGUAAUACAAAGUCGUUAAAUAACUAUAAUAAAAAGAGUCAUAAUAAUUAUAAUGAAUACAACAACAGCAGCAACAGUUACAGCAACAACAACAACAACAGCAACAGCAACAGCUUACGCUCACGGAAAAUCUUGCCCAAAUUGCCGGAGCUGACAACAACAGCAGCGAUGGGAGCAAUGAGAGCUCGACGCUUUGAUGACACACGUACAGCAGCAACAUCGACUGCUGUGGAUAAUGCUGCUGCUGCUGCGGAGGCGACAUCUCCCUCUGACCCACGCAAACACCUGCGCAGCAGCCUCUGCUUCAACGGCGACGCUUUGGUCGUCGACGUGGGUGCUGCGUCAGCGUCGACUUCAGCUGUUGCGCUAGCCCGUCGCUCGGCCGGGCAGCGAAUCAACGUCGGCCUGCCAGACUGAAGCAGCGUCUAUAAAUAUGUACACAUACCAUAUACCCUACACCAUAUAUAACAUACGAUAUUUGAUAUUUGUGUUUAUUGAAUGCAACUCGACGUUGGCGUCGUGUCACGUUAAUUGAAUGCAUCAACCGCCGCUUCGCGACUGUGACUGCGGCUGCAACUGCGACUGCGACUGCGACGCCGACGACUACGACGCCAGCAGCGACAGAUUUAUGUCUCAUUGUUUUUUGUUUUGUUUCUUGAUGUUGUCGUUGUCGACUUCACCCACAACGCACCAAAUUAAACACACGCCAGCCAACAAUGACUAUGAAUUAUUUCUAGUGCUAAUGAUCUUGCCUAAAAACGAACAACAAAUCUUAUAUAAUUUUCACAUAUGCUACUGCUGCUGCUGUUGUUGCUGUUGCUGC